UUCACCUUCUCUCAGAACGAAACAUAUUGACUUUUAUGGAACGGUAAUUUACAGCUUCGCACAGCAAUAAUCCGACUAAGCUGAUUUGAUGAAUUCAUAUAAUAAAAUUAAGGAGACCGAGAAAGAUUUGUGUGUUUUUAAAGCUUCUGGCAAGAAAGUUCGCGCGGUCCUGAACAGCUCAACUGAAAGAUGCGCGCGGACUCAUACUACCAUGAGGUUGUUCUUUGUUUCAGUGCUCGUGUCCAUCCUAAGAAAUCAGAGGUGUUGUUGUUUACCGAGUUUACCGGCGCUUCACGGGCUUCUGCAAUGCGAGACUCGGAUUCAAACCGUUUGACAUUUCUUUGGAAAGCCAGUCGACUGUCAAAUUGCCAUUGAAUCAAAUCGAAUGAGCCGGCACCUGGAUUGCUGAGUCGCAAGCUCCCGGCCUAUUGAACACAUUAGCACCUGUCACAUCAGUCCAGCCAAGGUCAUCGCUCCUUCCCUUCAUUCUCCAUCCGGCUGUUAAACACCGAGUCCCGGCACUCUGCUCUUCUACAAUGGAGAGCCUAAGUGAGCUUCAGAACCCUCUUCUGGAUAAGAACAGCAAGCAUAUGGUGAUGGCCGACUAUGGCUAUGGGGGAGACUUCCACAGCAACCAGUAUCAGGAGAACAUUAUAAACUACUUUGUGACUGGUGGAGGUGGAGGAGGUGGCGGUGGAGGUGGGGUUGCGGUCACGGGAGGAAACGGCAAGGCUAGAGCCCAGCUACUGGAUGCCACCUCGCUUCACUUGGCGGUGGAGGCCUUUUACAAGCCUAACUUCAUCCUAUACAAGGACGACGUGAGCGACAAGGGCAAGGAUUACAAAAACGAAUGCUGUGAGACCACCUUCAUGGAGAAGAAAGACAAGGACGUAGUGGUGGAGACCCCCAGUACGGAGGACCCGCAGGCUAAACUGCUGGAUGAAAACGAGGUAAAAAUCCAGACGGUGUCUUACGAGGUGGAGGAAGAGGAAUACGUGGAAUAUGAGACAGAUUGCUCCAGCGACAGUGAGAGCGAGGACAACUUCAUCGUCAUCCCUCCUCGUGAUCACCUGGGCCUCGCUAUCUUCUCCAUGCUAUGUUGCUUCUGGCCUCUGGGCAUUGCUGCUUUCUACUUUUCUCAGUGGACCAGCAAAGCCGUGACCAAGGGAGACUUCCCAUUGGCUAGCAUCGCAUCUAGACGAGCCUUGUUCCUAGCCGCUCUCUCCAUCACCAUUGGGACGGGGGUCUACGUGGGCGUGGUGGUGGCCCUCAUCGCAUAUCUGUCCAAACCAGGCCACAUUUAGCACAGCCAGGAGAGGGCUACAGGACUCCACGAUACUACACAAUCGCCUCUGAACGUCUUUUUCUAAAUGUCUCAUUCUCAUCCCUCCCCGUGGACUGGCUGUCCACCCAAAUCAGAGAAAGGGAUGAACCAGAAGAGGAUGAACCAGAAGAAUAAUAUAUAAAUGUAAGCUUCACCUUGUGUCACACCACACUGGAUAAAACUUAACUAAGUCUGAGAGCAGUUCAGGUGAAGAAUAUAAACUAUAGACAAAUAAGCAAUCCAAUUAACCAAACCCAAAGGGAAGCUAUUCCAAAGGACACAUGUAAGGAUUAAAAGGGACUAAGUGCCCUUGGAUUUGUUUUUUUCCCCUUUCCAACUGUGCUUCUUUCCAAACCUGAAAGAGAAGUCAAGCCGUUCUCAGUUUCUCUCUCUCAAACCCUGUAUAUGCGUGUGGCCCAAUUAAACCAGCACUGCUGAAUAUACCAACUGCAGUCUGUGAGCUCCAUUAAAAAGGACAGAAUGUGGUCCAAAAUAACACAGCUUUGUAUGUUAUAAUAAGUGAAUGUGGAGUUCAAACAACUUAACUUAAAUGCUUAUGAUCAUGAUACAGAACUACAGGACAAGAAAUAACUAUCAAAGACAAUGUUGUCCACCUCUAUGAAUUGAAAUUCAUCUGUGAAAUUCAGCGUCACUUAUACACAACCUGUAUGUCGUUCCCACUUGUUUAGGGCUUUAUGCUUUGUGUGUAAAUUCUAUGUCUUUUGUUUUGUCCAAAGUCCAAAUCUUCAUUUUGACCCAACACAGGCUGCAGGAGUUGUGAUGGUAGAAGAAAAAGAUAAGUAAACAUGGAUGAAGAACAAGGAAAACAAGUGUUUAUUUUAUAUUGGUAAGGAUUUGCUUGACUUUAACAGAUUCUCUUUUACUCCCAGAUGUCUGAACUGAAUAUAAAUUAAACGACUUUACACGGAUGGUAUGGCGAUGUGUCCUUUCACCGCCCAAAUGCACCACUUAAUGUCCCUUAUGAUUUAAAAAAAUCUUCAGAGUUGGCAAAGCUCAAGACAGAUGGUCAAAAAUGUGCAAUAUACUAUCCUCAAAUCCUAAGAUGGCUGUUUGAACAAAAAGGGCAGGUUUAGUUUUCAGAUGAAAGGGACUGAGAUUGAAUCUAUUAAUAAUGUAUUGGAUGUCUCUGAGCUCACAGACAUGGGAACGAACACACAGGGGAUGUUGAGUUAAAGGUCGACUAGUCCAUUUCAACAACAAUGGAGACUGAAUCUGGUGUAGUCAUCCACAUAAGAACUCGAAAACUUGAAAACUAUGGGUUCUUCAGUGGCUAGGUAGUGAUUCGAGGCUUGACUUGAAUUCCUAUGCUACAGACCUCAUUUGGAAGCUGGUAGAAAUGAAACUGGCCACAUUUUGAAGUUAGCCAAUUGUAUGUAACCUCCUAAUUGCUUCUCAUGGUGAUUUGAAAUGUCCAAUAGUAUUGAAU